UUGAAUGUCUCUCCCUACCCUUCCUUGAACUUUAUGUUGUCCUAUAUAGCAUCCAUAUAGCUAAGUCCUUCAAACAUUCCAAUAUAAAUUCACCUAUAUACAUUAAUUUCCUCCAUGUGCUUAUUCAUUUUCCUAUAGCAUUAGGGUCUCUUAUUAUUUAGCAAAGAAUUUUUUUGAGAGAUAAAUGGGUGAUUGGGCUGGUGUGGUGAUAGGUUUGGUACUGUUUGUGGUGUUUUCACCCGGAUUAUUGUUCCAGCUUCCUGGCAAAGGAAGGCCUGUGGAUUUUUGCAAUUUUCAAACAAGUGGCGUCUCCAUAUUUGUUCAUUCCCUUCUUUUCUUUGGCUUUAUGGCUAUCUUCCUCAUUGCCAUUGAUGUUCACAUUGGUAGUGGAUAAAUCACUAUAUUUAGUUUAACGAAAUGAAAUAGAAUAUGAUGGAAGAUGUUUUAUUCUAUUACUACAUUUUAUAUAUACCUCCUUGUUUAUCCCCUUCAGUAUUAGGGGGUAUGAGACAGAACUUCUAAUUUAAUUUUCUUCCAUGAUAAAAAUGUCGAAGCAGUGAAAAAGAUAAUUUUAUUU